AGUCUCUCUUCUCUGGUGUUCUUCCCUAAAACCCCUUUCGUUCAAAAAUCUCAGGAUAACGCUGCUACUCAAACUCAAAUUCAAUGUAUAUCUAAACUGAUUCAUGGAUUCCAUUCUCUAUUCUUCUUCUUCACCACCUCUUCGAUUUCCAUCACACCUUCCUUUCACCUCUUUCCGCCCCCUUCCAAAUCAUACACUCCUCUUCAAACCACCACGCGCUUCCAUCACUCUCUCCGCAAAUCAACAAAACAACCACACCGUUUUAUCCCAACCAACAAACUCAACUCUUGUUUUAUCCCAAUGCUGCUUAACAAAACAACUCAUUCUUCGCGCUUUAUUCUGUUUCGCCGUCGGUGUUUCCACCUUCGGAACAUUCCAAAUUGCGCCCGCGUUUGCACUUCCGACGAUACCUUGGGUUCAAUUUUUGAGUAAGAACAAAGAGAACAAGAAUCAACACGAGUAUUCUGAUUGCACGCAAAAAGUGUUGGAUACUGUGCCGAGUUUGUUGAGGACUAUUGAAGAGGUUAGGAAAGGGAACGGUGAUUUUGAAGAUGUGAAACGAGCUUUGGAGUUUGUGAAAUUGAAGAAAUAUGAAAUGGAGAAAGAGAUUCUCGAGAGGAUGCAUCCGGUUUUGAUGGAUUUGAAGGAGGAGUUGAGGUUGUUGCAGAUAAAGGAAGGUGAGAUUAGUUGGCAGAUGGCGGAAGUGAACAGGGAGCAUAGAAAAUUGAUGGGCUGGGAGAUGGAUAUGAAGGAUAAUGUAGUGAAUGAGGUGGAGAAGAAGGUGUUGGACAAGAGAAUGGUGGAGUUGGAGAAGAAAUGGAAUGAGAUUUUAGUGAAAAUUGAUGAAAUGGAGGAUGUCAUUUCGAGGAAAGAGACGGUGGCGUUGAGUUAUGGGGUGUUGGAGAUUUGUUUUAUCCAGAGGGAAUGUGAGAACUUGGUGGAGAGAUUUAAACAAGAAAUCAAACAGAAGAAAAUCGGAAGUUCAUUCGCAAGCUCAGUUAACAAGCUAUCAAAAUCCGUCAUUCAAGAAGACUUGGAAACUGUGCAAAGAAAGCAAAUAGAGCAAACUAUUCUUCCUAGCAUUGUGGAUGUUGAUGAUCUCGGGCCAUUCUUUCAUCAAGACUCUGUUGAUUUUGCCCAACAUUUAGAAAGAAGUCUCAAAGACUCAAGGGAGCAGCAGAAGAAUUUAGAGGCCCAGAUAAGGAAAGAUAUGCAGUAUGACAAGGAAAAGCGUAGUGUUGUGUACUCACCUGAAGAAGAGGAAAGGAUUCUUUUGGACCGAGAUAGGGUAGUGUCAAAGACUUGGUACAAUGAAGAGAAAAAUAGAUGGGAGAUGGAUCCAGUGGCUGUUCCUCAUGCUGUCUCAAAAAAGCUAAUAGAGCAUGUUCGGAUUAGGUAUGAUGGGCGUGCAAUGUAUAUUGCAUUGAAGGGGGAGGACAAAGAGUUUUAUGUAGACAUAAAGGAAUUCGAAAGGCUUUUUGAAUAUAUUGGGGGUUUUGAUGUGCUAUAUAGGAAAAUGCUAGCCUGUGGUAUUCCAACAGCUGUUCAUCUAAUGUGGAUUCCGUUGUCAGAGUUAAGUGUGCACCAACGGAUUUCUGUGAUAUUAAGGUUCCCUCUUCGAUUUUUGAGUGGCCGGUGGAAUUCCGAAACUGUCUUGACUACAACAAAUUUGAUCUUUGACAAUAUUAAGGAAAUGACUGAUGACAUAAUGACAGUGAUAGGGUUUCCUAUUGUGGAAUAUAUACUCCCUAACCCGGUGAGGGUAAAAUUGGGAAUGGCUUGGCCAGAGGAAGAGACAAUGAACACUCCAUGGUACUUGAACUGGCAAUUAAAUGCAGAAGCAAGAGUUCAAUCCAGACGAGCAGAUGGUGAUUUUCGAUGGAUCAUGUUGUUUAUCGCAAGAGCUGCUAUUUCAGGAUUUGUUUUGAUUAACGUGUUCCAAUUUAUGAGGAGAAAAAUUCCAAGACUUCUUGGUUAUGGUCCUAUCCAAAAAAAUCCGAAUAGGAGGAAACUUGAGCAAAUGGCUUAUUACUUUGAUGAAAGAAAGGGACGUAUGAGGGAUAGGAGAAGGGAGGGUGUUGAUCCUAUAAAAACAGCUUUUGAGCACAUGAAGAGGGUGAAGAAACCACCAAUACCAUUGAAUAACUUUUCUAGCAUUGACUCUAUGAAAGAGGAAAUCAGUGAAGUUGUGGCAUUUUUGCAAAAUCCAAGGGCAUUUCAAGAAAUGGGAGCGCGGGCACCUCGGGGUGUUCUCAUUGUAGGUGAGAGGGGUACGGGCAAAACGUCUCUAGCAAUGGCUAUAGCUGCUGAGGCUAAGGUGCCUGUUGUUGAAAUUAAGGCCCAACAAUUGGAGGCUGGGAUGUGGGUUGGACAAAGUGCAUCCAAUGUUCGUGAAUUGUUUCAAACAGCAAGAGAUUUGGCUCCUGUAAUAUUGUUCGUGGAAGAUUUUGACCUAUUUGCUGGUGUACGUGGCAAAUUUAUCCACACCGAAAAUCAAGAUCAUGAAGCUUUCAUUAAUCAAUUGCUUGUGGAACUUGACGGAUUUGAGAAACAAGAUGGUGUUGUUUUGAUGGCUACUACAAGAAAUCUUAAGCAAAUUGACGAGGCCUUGCAGAGGCCAGGUCGCAUGGAUAGAAUAUUUCAUCUUCAAAGACCAACACAGGCAGAGAGAGAAAACAUUUUGUACUCAGCAGCGAAGGAAACCAUGGAUGACCAGCUUGUCGAAUAUGUAGACUGGAAAAAGGUUGCUGAGAAGACGGCUCUUUUACGACCUAUCGAGUUAAAACUUGUUCCCAUAGCUUUAGAAGGAAGUGCCUUCCGGAGCAAAGUUCUGGACACAGAUGAAAUAAUGAGCUACUGUAGUUUCUUUGCAACUUUCAGUUCUUCGAUGCCCCAAUGGCUGAGGCAAACCAAAAUUGUCAAGAAGUUAAACAAAAUGUUGGUGAAUCACCUGGGACUGACAUUAACAAAAGAAGAUCUCCAAAAUGUUGUUGAUUUGAUGGAACCAUACGGCCAGAUAAGCAAUGGAAUAGAGCUUUUGAGCCCUCCUCUUGAUUGGACAAGGGAAACUAAAUUUCCACAUGCUGUCUGGGCUGCUGGUCGUGGUCUUGUUGCUCAUUUAUUACCAAAUUUUGAUGUUGUUCAUAAUCUUUGGCUUGAGCCUCUAUCUUGGCAGGGAAUUGGAUGUACGAAAAUCACGAAAGCAAGAAAUGAUGGUUACAUUGAUGGGAAUAUAGAAUCAAGAUCAUAUCUUGAAAAGAAACUUGUAUUUUGUUUUGGUUCUUAUGUUGCAUCCCAAAUGUUACUUCCUUUUGGGGAAGAAAACUUACUGUCUUCAUCUGAGAUGCAGCAGGCACAAGAGAUUGCUACGCGGAUGGUCAUUCAAUAUGGAUGGGGGCCUGAUGAUAGUGCUGCAGUUUAUUACUGUAGUAAUGCGGUUGCUACAUUAAGCAUGGCAGGUGACCAUGAGUAUGUGAUGACAGCUAAAGUUCAAAAGAUGUAUGAUUUGGCAUAUCUCAAAGCAAGAGAAAUGCUGCAGAGAAAUCGCCUGGUACUAGAAAAGAUUGUAGAGGAAUUACUUGAAUUUGAAAUUUUGACUAGAAAGGAUUUAGAAAGAAUUACUGAAGCUAAUGAUGGAAUCAGGGAGAAAGAGCCCUUUACUCUUGUUGAAGUUCAAGCUAGUGAGCCAACGUCCGGCAGCCUCCUUGAAAGAGGAAAUGCAUCAGGAGGUGCUUUGCUAGCAUCCUAGAUAAAUCUAUCAGGAUUUGUACAUUUUGAGGUGAUUUUUUUUUGUUUUGUUUUGGGGAGGGGGUUUCAGAAUGUUCAUUUGUACUUGGAUAAGCAUGUAUAGUUUAUAAUGUAACAUUCUAUAUGAUUAUGAUGCAUGUGUUCGUUGGGAUAAGAAGAUAUAGCAACAAUAUCCCAACAGCUUUUCCUUAGAAUUGUAAUUUAAAUUCUUUAUUUUCUAGUUAUUGGACACUUCUCCAAUUUUUCUUCUU